CUCAUAAUGAAUACAGCACGCACUCAAAUCCCCCGUACUAUUCUCCGCACCACCCGCUGUCACGCUCCACCACAAUGCUCUCAUCAACACCCCCUCAUCCGCCCAUUCUCAACACCCUCGCGCCGACACCACGCCUCAAUUACCUCAGCAAUCCGCGUCGACCAUGACGAAGCCAUUGAAAACCAGACUGUUGCUGCCAUGGGCCGCACAACAUCCGGAAAAGCCCUCAAGAUCCGGAAAUAUCCCACAUUCGAGAGGCUAGAAGAUGAGCGGUUAUAUCGGAAGCAGCACUUAGCUGCUGCAUAUAGGAUAUUUGCGGAAAGGGGGUUUGAUGAGGGUGUUGCAGGUCAUAUUAGUGUGCGGGAUCCGGUGUUGACGGAUCAUUUUUGGCUCAACCCCCUCUCAACGCACUUCGCCCUCAUCCGCGUCUCUGAUCUCAUCCUCGUUAAUGAAGCCGGCGAAGUAGUUGAAGGAAACGAACCCAUCAACGCCGCCGCCUUCGCCAUCCACUCGGCCAUCCACCGCGCACGUCCUGAUGUCCAUGCAGCCUGCCACGCGCAUUCCACGUACGGCAAGGCGUUUUCGGCCUUUGGGAGAGAGCUGGAUAUGAUUACCCAGGAUAGCUUGAGAUUUUAUAAGAGCCAUGGCGUGUAUAAACAGUUUGGGGGUGUCGUGUUGGCGAGUGAGGAGGGGGAGCGGAUUGCAAAGGCUUUGGGCAAUGGCAAAGCCGCCAUCCUCCAAAACCACGGGAUCCUCACUUGCGGAAAAUCCGUCGACGAAGCCGCGUUUUGGUUCUUAUCUCUUGAUAAAACAUGCCAUGCGCAACUCCUCGUCGAUGCCGCGGCUAAAGGUAGUGGGUACGAGAAGAAAAUUAUUCCAGAUGCGGAGGCCGAGGAAAGUUAUAAACAGGUGGGCACGCCGGAGAAGGGGUGGUUGGCGUUUCAGGGGUAUUAUGAUGAGGUGCUGAAGAGGACUGGGGGGGAAUUUUUG